CAGCGUCUGUCUGCCUGCCAGCUGUCAAGAACAAGUUGUUAAUCUGUCCUUGCAGGGAGAGAUUUGGAAAGUUACACAGCUCACCACACAGAAGAAUCAAGACAUGGAGAGAGCAUCUUUGUGCAGGGGGAACCAUUAACAUUUAUUAAUAAGCAAGACAGCAAGUUCCUUAGCAUCUGAAGACUCUGACUUGAAGAUUACAGAACUGUGGGUUCCUCUGUCAUGGCGGUCAUUGGGAACUACUGUGAUUCUAGUACUUCCUUUGCCAAAACCUGGGUGGAGGGAGGAUUCUCGCCCUGUUUCUACUUCACCCUGGUCCCCGCAGUACUUCUGUCUGUCUCCACCUUCUUCGGCACUUUGCUCUGCGUGUGCUACCAGCGUUAUGGCACGGCCAUGGAGCCCAAGUACGUGCCGCGUUCGCGUCUCUACGGCCUGCAGAUGGCUCUGUCCGCGUUACUUCUGCUGCAGUUCCUGGGGGGGCUCAUCUGGCGGGCAGCAAGGACUGGGGUGCUCCCAGGGUACGUGCUGCUGUACAGCUGCUUGUCCAUGCUGGGCUGGGCGUGGGCCCUGGCACUGCUGCGGAUGGAACGUCAGCGGGUUCUAAUACGAGAUCGGACCCGCGGACAUAGCACGGUGCUGCUGCUCUUCUGGGCCCUGGCCUUCUCCGCAGAGAACCUUGCUUUUGUCUCAUGGAUGAGCCCCCUCUGGUGGUGGGGCAUGGAAACGACAGAGCAGCAGGUGGAAUUUGGACUCUGGCUCAUUCGCUAUAUUGGCACGGGGACCCUGUUCUUCAUGGGCCUAAAAGCUCCUGGGUUGCCACGGAGACCGUAUAUGCUUCUGAUCAAUGAGGAUGAACGUGACGUGGAGCAUGGACAGCCGCUGCUGGCCGGACCAGGACAGACCUCUUCCACCUGGCAGGGCUUUGGGAAGAAGGUUCGUCUCCUGCUGCCCUUCAUGUGGCCCCAGGGAAAGGUGCUUCUCCAGGUGCUGGUGCUGCUGUGCUUGGCCCUGCUGGGUGUGGAGCGUGCCAUCAAUGUGUUUGUGCCCAUCUACUAUAAGAACAUUGUCAACGAGCUGUCAGACGGGAGCAGCUGGAACACCUUGGCCAGCACUGUGUGUAUCUACGUCUUUCUCAAGUUCCUGCAGGGAGGUGGAGCAGGUUCUUCUGGGUUUGUCAGUAACAUGCGCUCCUUCCUGUGGAUCCGGGUACAACAGUACUCGAGCCGUGUGGUGCAGGUACGCCUCUUUGCUCAUCUGCACUCACUGUCUCUGCGCUGGCAUCUGGGCCGACGCACCGGAGAGGUGCUACGCAGCGUGGACCGUGGCACAUCCUCCAUCGACAGCCUGCUCAGCUACAUUGUCUUCAGCAUCUUCCCCACUAUUGCUGACAUCGUGAUCGCAAUCAUCUACUUUGUUACCUAUUUCAAUGCUUGGUUCGGCCUCAUCGUCUUCGUCUGCAUGUUCCUCUAUCUCACCUUCACCAUCAUCAUCACCGAGUGGAGGACCAAGUACCGGCGUGACAUGAACACACAGGACAAUGCAGCCAAGGCCAAAGCCGUAGACUCGUUGCUCAACUUUGAGACGGUGAAGUACUACAAUGCUGAGAACUAUGAAGUGGAGCGCUUUGAGGAUGCCAUCCUUAAGUAUCAGCUGUCAGAAUGGAAGACCAACGCAUCCCUGGCCUUGCUGAACCAGACGCAGAGCCUCAUCAUUGGCCUGGGUCUGCUGGCUGGCUCUCUGCUCUGUGCCUACUUUGUCACCGAGAAGAAGUUCCAGGUGGGUGACUACGUACUGUUUGCGACCUACAUCAUCCAGUUGUACACUCCACUCAACUGGUUUGGAACUUACUACAGAAUUAUCCAGAAGUCCUUCAUCGACAUGGAAAGCAUGUUCAGUCUCUUCGAUGAAGAGGGAGAAGUGAAGGAUGAUGUCAAUGCAGGGAACCUCCUUUUCAAACUGGGGAAAGUGGAGUUUGAGAACGUGCAUUUCAGUUAUAUUGAUGGGAUGGAGGUUCUCAGGGAUGUGUCCUUCACUGUGAUGCCUGGUCAGACAGUAGCUCUGGUGGGCCAAUCCGGGUCCGGAAAAAGCACCAUCCUUAGACUGCUGUUCCGUUUCUACAAUGUCCAGGGAGGCUGUAUCCGCAUUGACGGCCAGGACAUUUCCAAGGUGAAGCAGGCAUCCCUGCGAGCCCACAUCGGUGUUGUGCCGCAGGAUACUGUCCUCUUCAACGACAGCAUCCGUAACAAUAUCCGGUACGGCCGCAUCUCUGCCAGCGACAAUGAAGUGGAGGAAGCAGCCCAGUCAGCUGACAUCCACCACAAAAUACUGACCUUCCCAGAGGGCUAUGACACCCAGGUUGGCGAGAGGGGGCUAAAGCUGAGUGGUGGAGAGAAGCAGAGGGUGGCCAUUGCUCGCACCAUCCUCAAAGCGCCUCGGAUCAUCCUGCUGGAUGAGGCCACAUCCGCCCUGGACACGCAGACGGAGCGCAACAUCCAGGCCUCGCUUGCGAAAGUGUGUGCCAACAGAACCACGAUUGUGGUAGCUCACAGGUUGUCCACCAUCAUAAGUGCUGACCAGAUCUUGGUUCUGAAUGAUGGCCAAAUUGCAGAAAGAGGGAGGUGAGUACAGCGGAUGGAGGCUAAGCCUCUGCCAACCCGCUCACUUCUAUUUCUAGGCCCCCGAGUUAAAAUAUUAAUUUCCAGACGGCCGACAACGGAAGAGCAGGUGUCACUGAAUACACGUGGGAGCAGCUGGAGAUGGCAGCCGUGCGCCCGCCAGGGCCGAGCCGUGUGACAUUCCAAGCACCACCGUGCGCUUAUCUCUGCAUCUGGCCUGACCUCAGGGGUUGUCUGUGUCUGCACUCAUCAGCAGACAGGAUGUGUGCAUUCCGUGGCCCCUCUGCCUGCGCCAUCCCAUUAGCCUCAAGGUGGAAGCACCACC